AUGGAGUCUGAGCUCUAUGAAGUCGUUGUCAAAGGAAAUGUGCGGUCUUUGCUUGAGUUGCUGAAAAAGGAUAAACUGCUUCUUGAUAGAGUCAUGAUUAGGAAUCACACCGAGACUCCUUUGCACAUCGCAGCCAUGCUUGGACACUUGGAUUUCAUGAAAGAGAUCCUAGCUCAGAAGGCUGAGAUGGCAAGUGUGCAAGAUUCUCAGGGUUCGACGCCUCUUCAUCUCGCCGCAGCAAAAGGAUACCUUAACAUAGUGGAAAGCUUGGUAAGAGCCUACCCUGAUAUAUGUUUCUUCCGUGACAAAUACAAAAGAAAUCCUCUUCAUGUUGCAGCCAUGAAAGGGCAUGUGAAUGUGUUGGAAAACUUGGUUGGAGCAAGACCUGAUGCCGCCCAUAGUGUCAUUGAACAUGGCCAGACGAUCUUGCAUUUAUGCGUGAAGCAUAAUAGACUAGAAGCUUUGAAGCUUUUAAUUGAUAUCUUGGGCAAUGAACAGUUCAUCAAUUCAAGGGAUGAAGAUGGCAACACAAUUUCGCAUCCCCUGAUGCUCUAG